UUUGACGUGUGUCACUACUGUCACUUCAUCAACCCGCGAAAUUUCUUUUCUGUUUAUCAAUUUUCAAUUUGAAAAUGGCGAUACAUAUACAAAACGGAAAAAGAGGUAUCAAUUCGAAUGCAGGACUUACAGAAAAUAUUCAUAGUAUUCCCUUCAACAUCCAUGCGGACUGCGAUGCUGACGUUUCUAAAUAUUUUUAUCAGUCUUCAGAAAAUGAAUUAAAAUAUGCUUCCUUCAGAGGGUACCCCUUGAUAGGAAAAGAAAUAAAACUGCCAGAAGGCUACAAGGGUGUUGUUUUACAUGAAACAAUAAGGCCUUCCGUCGAAACACAGGACAGAAAGUUUUAUAUAUUGCACACCUUCAACAAGUUCACCUACUGGAACUGGGGAAAAAUUCCUAGCCCAAAUGAUGCUCUUGUUCAAGCUAUUGACUGGAUAGACAUAGCAGAAGCACUACAUAGUCCUAUCACUGAAUGACAGACGAAAACGAAAUUUUAAAGGUGGAAAAUGUACUCAAUGAUACUGGACGUUAUAAGCAUUGAUAGUUGUGCCUUAUUGUUAAAUUUAUCAUGUUUAUUUUUAUCUCAGGCAUCAAAUAAAUAUUAAAUAUUUUAUCUUA